UACGUGAUAGCUCGUUAUUUGUAGACGUCCUUUUAUAUUCCAGGUGCAAAGUUUUCUGAACUGAGGCAUGUGCGUAAGCGUGGCAUACCUGUACAUACUUACAGCGUUAUAUCAGCAACUGCUGCCUUUCUCUGACAAGUGACACAAUAUUGAAGAGGCUCCAUAAAAAGUCGAACUACGUGUCUAGGUAACAUUUACUAUGUUCCGUUUUUUUUUUUUUUUCGGAGAAAGGUCCGCUUGAACAAAAUGUCAAAAUCUGUCCGGCAACAGCGCCACUACUUGCUUCCCUCCGUAUAGACGAAGAUCAAGUGCAUUGUGCAGCUGAAAUGUGAAAAGUUCAAGAUUUCUUUUGUUGUUUCGCAAAGGAUUUAACGAGGGCUUCAUCGGCGGAGUUGGCUCCGUUUUACGUUUUUAUUUUUCUCAGCCCGAGGAAAAAGUCAACUUCUUGCGGAAUAAUGCAGACAGUGCACAUAGCAUGCGCGCGUCGUAGAGGCGAUAUCUUAGUACAGUAUCGCUACUUGCAGCUUUGUAUUGGGAUAACAAGGAAUUUGGGACUACGUAAUGGUUACCUCCAAGAGCAUUGGAACUCCACCGAAGAUAGAGAGGAGCAGCAUUUUGAAGAUUUUAAUGAAUGGCCGCUUUCAUACGAAGCUUUACAUCACCCUCUUCGUCGUCAUUGAUGUCCUCUUCGUUGCUGGGAUUUUUAAUGACUAUGGUCCCUGCAUUUUAAAGACGUUUCGACGGAAUAUUCUUGUGACAAGUGCACCAAGCAACAGGAAAGGAAAUUUGACGUCAAAAGCACCAUAUGGUUGGAAGGCAUUGACAGCGUGUAGUGAUCCAAGUCUUAAGAUACUCUACGUCAUAGAUACCGCUCCAAAUAACCUCGAAAAGCGUCAGUGGCUUCGGAAGACCAUCGGCGAUCCUUUUGUUCAGUCUAUUAUGAACUCCAGGAUCAUUUUUUUUGUUGGAUCAUCGGCUCAUCCCGAAGAACAGUGGGUGCUUGUGGAGGAAGCUAUUCGCGAGGGAGACCUUCUUGUGCUGAACGUCACAGAGAGCCGCCGCAAUUCCUCCCUCAAGUUUCUUCUUGCUGCAGAGUGGCUUUUUGAUAACUGCCCUCUUGAUGAUGCACUUACUCUUGUCAAGAUGGACGAUGAUGUAUUAGUUAACGUCUACGCCUUAUCUUCUUACGCAAGCAGCAGUGUAAUGUGGCUAACCGGCAUCCACGGCGUCGUUUUCAGAAACAAACCUCCACAGAGAAAACGGAGUGAUUAUUGGUACGUAAGCAAAGGGGAGUAUACGUCUGACGUAUACCCUGCCCACUGUGCUGGAGAGGCCUUCAUCAUGAAGCCUGCUGUGUUGUCUGCCAUCGUGAGCGCUGCAGUUCAUGUCCCGUACUUCUGGAUCGCCAACGUCUACGUGACAGGAAUGAUCGGAGAAUUCGCUAACCUGAAUCUGGUGGACUUUUCGCGCCACGUGAUAUUGCACAGACAGAAAAACAUGGUGACCAUUGGUGAUACAACAUUGUUUGUUUGCACGCGCUCGGCUGGAGUUUCCAAUGAGCAAAUUAACUCUCUGUGGGAUAUCAUUCGCCAGAGAAAUCAGACAGUGCAGCCAGAUUUUAACAAGUAUGUAGAAGUACACUAUCGUACUGUAGGGUAAAUAAGAAGCUUCAAAAUGAUGUGCGAUGUAACGGUAAUAUGAGCAGCCGCUAAUCUGGAUUAUUUUCUGCAUUUCAACAAUUGAACAUAUCAAAAGUGCAGCCAUGUCAGUGGGAAAUAGAAGUGAACACAAGCAGAUGUCUCUGUUAUGGAAAAAUAACGAAGAAAAUAAACACUCUGCAGGUGAACAUAUCACGCGAUGAUGUAUCUGACUCGUUAGGUUCACCAUUAUGAAGAAGAAUUCAUCAUGUAUAAUCACUAACAUUUACUGUAAGAAAGAAUGCUAAUUGCACUACCGUAACCAAUCAUCUUCUAAGGAUGAAUGCAGCACCAAUAUUUUGCACUUCGAAUACAUUUGUAUUUUAUAGGUAAAGCCCUAGAACAUAGGUAAAUGGUGGGAGUCAACUAUAUGAAGUGUUAGCCAAGGUGACAGCUUCUAACCUGCUUUGCUGUACGCGCCUCGUUCCUGAUUUGUCAGCACAGAUAUACGUUGUUGCAGUUUUUACGACUGCACCUACUCAUGGAUUGAUCUUACAGGCGUCAGUGCGACUGUAAGUGACUAUGUGCUUGAGUGAAAGAGAGUUGAGAAAUUAUUGGCGUGAGGAGUGAGGCGGACGAAUGAACUUCAGUGUCUUUAGGCGAGCGUGAAACGUACGCCUCAGCUGCUAAGUGCCCGCGAGUAUGAACGCGAGUGUACACGGAUAUGAGCGGUAAUGAAUAAUUGUGUGUUUGGCUUAUGAAGUCGGUGAACGCUGGUCACCGGGAGUAAAAGUGUUGCCUGAGUGCUCAGCUCACAUGCCUGCAGGGCCAGCGUCAUGAAAAAUAAGUAGACUAAUUAUAUUCGACGCUAUACUCUUUUUGGGUUCAUGAGAAUAAAUUGCACUUACCAUACGA